GAACAGAGCCACCACCAGGCAACAACACAAUAUAUUGAAUAUCAGCAUGAUUGUGACAGCAGGGGAGGUGGGAGAUUCAGCAGGGAGGCAGGUCUUCAAUCUCCCACACUACAGAAUACAUUAAUUUUUGAGCUUCUUCACCAUCCACAGUAUAGAUCUACAUUUAAAAUGCUCUCUAUUCUUUCCCUCUACUCAGUGUUUACAGCACAUACCUCUCUGCUCACUAAGCGCCACUUCAUUUUAGCAGGUCAUCGGUCAAUGACUGGACAGCUGCCACUUUCCCUUUAGCCUCUGAUUGUGCUUCGUAGAAUGAAGUUUGAUCCACUCCACAUUUCUCCCUCCCCAUCUAAAACUCGCUGUACACACAGAACUUGCCACUUCAUCUCUGAGGAAUGAUUUCACCUUUGGAACUCGUUUCUAUCUUAACUACUCAAUUAGCGUACUUUGAAAUUAUAAUAAGUUAAUUAAAGAAGGUACCACGCCACACCACCAGUCACAAGUGUUAAAUGGCGCUUUUUUUUUUUUUUCCAUAGAUAGAUGAAGAGCACUGUGUCUUCGACUGCCCCUACAUGCCCCAGUUUUCUAUCUGAAUUAUUGACAUUGCCCUCCUGUGUGGGCAAGACAGUGCAGACAGUCUGCUGCGUGCAUGCACAAUCUUUCCUGCCAAUAUCACAUUUUGUCUUGAUUCCCCUAAUGUGCAAACAGUCUCUUUGAUUCAUUCAAAUAUUUGUCUGUCUUUUGUGCUUUGAUAAGCCUCAGUGAAAAAAUACAGUGGUAAGCAGACAAAAGCCGUCAUUUCCAGAGAUGACCUGCUGUUGUCAUCUAGACUCAUUUGCUGCCGACUUCUCUCUCUGUGCCAACAGACAGAUGGCCGAGUGCCUUGGACAGGACAUCGAGGCUUUAAUGGCUAACAAACCGUCACUUCAAAGUAAAACAGCUACACAUUUACAGUUCAACCAUAUAUCCCAUCCCUAAUUUAGACAUCUGUGAGGAAAUGGUCUUGAUUUCUUUUAUUUAUGAGGCCUUUAAUUAUAUCUGUCGUAGAACUCUAUUAGAUGUAAUGCACUGAAUCACUAAAUUCUUGUCAUCACUCUCAUCAUUUCUUACCUUUUAUUUUUCUUUACUGUUUGUUAACCUCUGAAAUGGAAACAUUCAUUGAGGUUUAAACGUAUGUCCUUCACAUCGUAACAACUUUAUCGCCAUCUGCUGGUGUGUAGACAUUAAUACAACCUGAGUGCCUCCUGUCCUUACAGUAGAUGUUGGUGUGCACUCAUUCUCAUACGUGUGUGUUUCAUACACAACACCACACUGGAAAUAGUCUGUGGUUUUUCUGAAGAAUGCUUGCAAAAGUAAUACAACUGCUUUGAAAUAAAAAAAAUCAUGUUUGAUAAUAGAGAAUCGCUGCUGAAUGGAGACAAAGAUGUCUUCUGUUUCUCUAGUUAUGAACAUGAGAAUGAGAAUAUGAGAAUAAAACAAUUGCAAGUAAUAGAUACUUUUGCCAUCACACAGCAGGAUUCAGCUGAGGAUGCUGCACUUAGAACACUUAGCUGUAACUAAGCUCUGAAAACAAAGUUUGUAGAUGUCUGUUUGGCUGUAAUUACAAUGUACUUGUGUUACUGCAGAGGUAGCACUUAAAAUGUCUCACUGCCUUGUGAGUUUCUUUGUUUUUCCACCUCAUACUCGAUAUGAAAUAGUAGUUUGUUGCUUAGUUUACAAUAAUAUAGAGAGUGAAAACAUUUGUGCAUUCUGUCACAUCAGACCAGCUUUAGGAGUCGUCACGUAAGGUUUGAAUACUAGUACAGAUAACGUAAAUCCUGCUGCAUAAAUGCCCUUUAGAAUGGCCGUCAAAGCCAUCAAGCGUUUGCAGUAGAGUCAGUGUUUGACGAUGUAAAUCAAAGUUUAAAGAAACCUGGAUAACAAGUGUAUGAAGGACAGAUAAAGUCCCUUCCUAACCUCCUUGUUUGUAUGAAGUUUCUAAAAACAGUUCUUAGUUAAGUUAAGGAUGUAUAAUUGUGUGAUGAGAACUUGUGUGAUAUUUUGAUCGAUGGGCUCAGGCUCUGAGUUGUAAUGUUGCCCUCACCGCAGUCAUUAGAGCCUGGCGUUGAGUCUGAUGGCUGCACUGUCGGCUUCCCUGCGUUCCCUUCACUUAUGUCUGUGUUUAGUAGAAGAACACGGACAGAUCAGCACUUAAGGUGCAUUAAACAUCAGCUUUAAUGUUGUUAUAAUGUUAUAUGGCAUGAGAUGGCUGUGUGCAAAAACCCUCAGUUGUAUUUGAGGGUUAACUUGCAGCACUUUCUAAGCUACAUGAUCCAUCACCCCUGAUCUCACAGUUUACGCUCUGCUGACUCAUAAAAGGCAAAGUUCUGGAUAUCAUAAUGCCGGGACCAGAGGCUUUAUGUUUUCAGGUUGUCCGUCUGUCUGUUCGUACAUACAGUAUGUACGAACGUUGUACGCACAUCCCAUUCUCGUGAACACAAUAUCUCAGUAACACCUUGAGGGAAUUUCUGCAAAUUUGGCACAAACUCAAGGAUUAACCGAUUAGAUUUUGGUGGUCAAAGGUCACAGUGACAUCACGAAACAGUUUUCACCGUGUGAACGCAGCAUCUCGAGUAGUCGUCUAGGAAAUCCCUUCAAAUUUGGCACAAUCGUUCACCUUCAAGGAGGUUAAUGAAAUGGUUACAAUUUUAUAUGAUUCUGGAUAAAGCCAGAAUAGCUCAUUAGUUAUUUCAGUAGUUGUUUGACUCGGACAUUAUUAAAGACAAGUCCAUUUGGUGUCUCUAACUUACAUAAAGCCAUCUAAAUGCAUCUCUGGCCCGCUUUCUCUGCCUGCUCUAGGACCAAUAUUUUACCUCUCAACAAUUGAUUUGCCCUCCACCCUCCUUUCCUACUUAAACUGAGUCCAUUAUGUUGUGCAGAGUCAUCAUAUACUCACAUUUUUCUUUAGUCGUGUCAUCUUCCAGCACGGCAUUAUCAUACAAAGGCUCGCUCAGGUCUUAACAACAAAGGUAUUUUUAGACUGCCAGCCGUCAUGUUAUGAGGAGCAUUUCACAGCAGAUAGAAAUUGACCUCUGAUGUGUGCAGCACAGACGUAAUUCAACUUUACUAUUCUUAACUGCGAUGUCAUAAACGAAGCACUGUUUUUACAGUCAAAGCAGUCACGUCCGAGUUACUGAGCCUGUGUAUCGCUGAACGACCCAGCAGACGCAAGCAGCGCCACAAAGGGCAGGGCAGACUCCUUCUCUCUAAGUGCUGUUCAUAUCCCAGCCAUCAGCGGAUGUGGAUCAAUGCUUGGUUUUACAGCUUUGCAUCCUUGAAAUGACUGAGCAAAUAAAGACAACUUAGAUUGUCAAUCACAGACUAUUAGUAAAGAAAUUCCUUCAGUAAGAACAUCACCAACCUCAUACACACACACACACACACACACGCACACACAUAUAAAUAUAUAUAUGUAUAUAUACACACACACACAACUCAAGAGAGAGUGGGGGUGGAGCCCCUGAGUCGAUGGAGUUGUGGGAGAAACCCUAAAAUGAACUAGGCUGGAUGUAAAAAGCUGCCGAGUAGUAACACAGAUGGAUCGUUUGCGAGUGGAGAUAACUGCGGCUCAUUUUGGGGGAUUAAGACGAUAUGAAUUUGAUAUGUCUUUGCAAGAGCACACCAUGGACUGCACCUGUUUACUGAAAGGAGGAUGCUCUUCAGUCACUCUAAUAGCAUUUUUUUCCCCCUGACUGGUCAGUGGUUGAAGUCAGGAGUUUCAUUUAAGUGUAUAUAAUUGCUGAUGCCUGUACAAAAAACACUGAUAAAGAGGAGGCGGCUGGAGGAAGGAGAUGAUUAGCAGCAGGUGAUGUUCAAAUGCGACGUUUAGAAACACAUCGGGAAAGAAUUUCAACGUUAAGUUUUUUUAAAACGUGUUUUGCACAGGUUAUAUCUAAUGCAGGGCAACGAUGGGAUUGGAGGGAAUGGAAAUUAUUGCCAUUGCUGUUGUUAUUGGACUGUUUAUUGUUGUGCUCAAACAGUUUGGGAUUUGGGAGCCCUUGUCGUUGGAAGACAGCACUGACGGUGACCUUGAACUCUCCAUGGUGCGACACCAACCUGAGGGCCUUGACCAGCUCCAAGCCCAGACCCAGUUCACCAGGAAGGAGCUCCAGUCGCUUUAUAGAGGCUUCAAAAAUGAAUGUCCCAGCGGACUCGUGGAUGAAGAAACAUUCAAGACCAUUUACUCACAGUUCUUCCCUCAAGGAGAUGCGACCACAUAUGCACAUUUCCUGUUCAACGCGUUUGACAUGGACAGAAGUGGCUCCAUCCGCUUUGAGGAUUUUGUGUUAGGAUUGUCUGUGUUGCUUAGAGGCUCUGUUACAGAGAAACUCCGAUGGGCGUUUAAUCUGUACGAUAUCAACAAGGAUGGCUACAUUACAAAAGAGGAAAUGUUGGCAAUAAUGACGUCCAUUUAUGACAUGAUGGGCAGGUAUACCUCACCCAGUGUACGAGAGGAAUCCCCCUUUGAGCAUGUGGAGAAAUUCUUCCAGAAAAUGGAUCGUAACAGAGAUGGAGUGGUGACUAUAGAUGAGUUUAUAGAAACCUGCCAGAAGGAUGAAAGUAUAAUGGCUUCCAUGCAGCUCUUUGAGAACGUCAUCUAGUUUCUUUAGACGGAUGUGGAUCAGUAAUGCUGCAUAGCGCUCCCAGCUGAAACAACUUUCAUCCUGAAAAGGAAUUCAAACUGUUCUAUGCAGAGAAAUGUGAAGAAUUCACCAAAUCACUUGGAGAAAUGUUUCUUUGCAUGACAGUUUUAAUCUUCUUUUUGCACAUGAAGCAAAUGUGGAAAAUUAAAAACUUCAUCGUUACCAGAUGAGCAUGCGUUUGCCCAACAAAUCAAAGCAUGUGAUGCAAACCACAUUGAGCACAAACAGGAGGUUUUAUUGUUGACCACUCUGAAACUCGGGCAUAAGUGGGAUGAUACUUUGUUACUGUACUAUACUGUAAAGAAAAUAAUUAUGUUUCUAAGUUCCUCAGAUGUUUGUGUAAACAUGAUACCCCGUCAUUGUCAUGUUGACCCAAAACCUGCUGAAAUAAAUGUCUACCUUCACCAA